AUGCCACCAUUACCGGUUAGUGCGGUAGCACUUCCGGGAGCCUUUAUAUCAGUCAUAAUAGAGGGAAAUCAAGAAAAAGAUCUUACAGAUUCAGUUAAAGAGCAGCAAAAUACGUUGCUUGCAACCUCUUCUGCUGACAAGGAAGCAGUUUUUUCGUGUAUUCAACGAAUUGAUGACAAAAUUCGAAGCGUGAAGACCGAAGCUUUACAAAUAAUUCUUGAUCAUAAAGAUGUUUUUGUUAAACUUUAUAAUGAUUCUGUUUCAUUGCGAUAUAGGAUUGAUACAUUAUUCACGGAGGUCGAUAAUGUUUCUCAAGAAGUAAAUCGUCCCGAGACUGGAAUGAGGCCAAAACUUAUUGAUGUGUUACAAGAGAAUAGGUCUGUAAUGCAGGAGGUUCAGAACACUAAUUCAGUGGUGGAAACUUUAGAAUACUUGAGUGAGGUAUUUGAUAUGAAAUAUCUUAUAGGUGUUCGGUUUCACGAAUAUUUAGACCAAGGUCGAAUUGAGGAAGCUGCUGGCACUAUCACACAUAUGGAUAGCUUAUUAGAAUCUCCUCCUGUACCAACUGAGCGAAAAAUUCAAAUUUUUGAUAGGCUAAAGUUACAAUUAUCCAUUAUGAAAGAAUCAUUGGAUCAAACCCUUGAUGAUUUAUUAACACAAUCAAUUUCUUUCAAAAAAAUUGAUGAUGAGGGAUCUAAUCUCACUGUAUUAUCCUCCGUAGAAGGCAGGUUGAUGACAAUAUUUACCGCUCGUUUUAUAAUUGGUCCAGACUUGAAUGAUAAGAGUACAAUUCAAGAGACAUUUGAAUUCAAAAGGUUUGAUGAGGUGGCAAAUGAUGUAAUAUGUUUUCAGGCCGAAAUGCGUAAAAUGGGAUUUAUGCGUGAGUCUCGAGGUGGAGAAGAGGAGGAGGAAAGAACUUUAGGUUCAUAUGUUGCGAAGGUUGAUGUUCAUUUUACAAUUAAAAAACGUGACAAGUUAUUAGAACUUGGACGUAACGUUAUGAUGGAUGUAAAUUUCGAGAGUGAAGAAAUCACGGAGGAACAGGAUUCAGAACAAAACGAUAAUGUACAAGAGACUUUGAAUAAUGUGCCAGUCAUUGAAUCUAGUAAAAUUGACGAAAUUAAUGAACAAAAAGAAGAUGGAAAUAAGGAUUUAUUUGCCAUUCAAAAUGAUAAUAAUAAUCCUAACGAUGGUUGGGAAGUCGAUUGGAAUGAGGGAUGGGAUGGAGAUGAUGAUUGGGAUAAAUCGAAUAAUUCACAAAACCAUAAUGAAAAUUUAAUUAGUAAAAAUAUAAUUAGUGAACAGGGAAUAAAGGAUAAGAAACUAGUUCGAUAUUCCAUUUCAAAUAAAGGAAAGGCACUAAUAGAUUUAGUAAUAAAAACUUUGAAUGAGAUUCGUAAUUUAAAUGCCAAAAGUGGGAUACGUCUUUAUCAAGCAACUCUCGACUUGUUUGAUUUAUAUCGUGCCGUAAUGCCAGUUUUCCAUCAUAACACAUUUAGUAAUGUACCUGCUUUAGCCAUGCUAUUUAGGAAUGAUUGUUUAUGGCUUGCGGAUCAACUUUUAGUUGUCCAAGACCAAUUCAAAGACGAUCAAUCAUCUCCAUCUAAUUCUGGAGAAACCGUCGACAUUAAAGGUAAAAUCUCAUAUAAUGAUACUAUUGAGAAAUUAAGGGAAUUAGGUAAAACAUGGUAUGAUAUUCAGAUGGAUAAGCAAAAAAGUAUUCUUAAAGAGAUUUUAGAUGAAAUGGGCGGAGUACAACAAAUUGCAAAUGAUGAAAGGUUUGAAGCAUGUCAAAGUGCAAUGAAUCAAUUAAAAGAGAUAAAUUCGAUAGAAAAAUACAUAAAACACCGGACGAAAUUUCGUCAUAUGACAGACAUACUUGAUUUACCACUCGCAGGGAUCAUGAGUAGAUUUCGUAAUGGUGAACUCGUAUGUUUUACUAUCGAUGAAUUGGAAGGACUUAUUUGUGCGUUAUUUUCUGAUACACCAUUAAGAGAAAAUACUUUGUCAGAGAUCAGAGAGGGACUUCCCGUUGGGAAAGAACAUUAUACGGAGAAAAGUUCAUUGUAUUAA